GCCGCAGAAAGAAAAAAAAAGGAUCCGACUGUCAAUAAUUUCGGUAUACGCAUGUGAAGACAUCCAGUAAAAACAUCGUUCUCCUAAAGAUGUCGAUAACAGACGAUCUACCAGACAUGGAAGGAACAGACCUGGUUGGUCUGCUGUUUCAGCAUGAAAAUACCGAGCCUGAUGACCUGUUCUUCUCCGAUGGGGCUAAUUUGAUAGAGGACUUGCUGGCUGAGCAAGACAUGCUGGGUGACAUGGACACAGAGGAUUUCCUAAGCAGUCUGCUGGGAGAGGAAGAGGGACCGAAUGUUCCCUGUCCCUCCCACUCCCCUCUGGGCAGCGACAGCGGCAUCUCAGAUGACAGCAGCAGCGGCGGUGGUGGAAACGGCGCCGGCCACCCGCAGUGCCUCAGUCCCCAGAACAGUGACACGGACCCCCUGAGCAGCCCGGGUUACAUCGAACCCUCGCCGAUGUCCGACUGGCAGGUGGAAAGCUUCGAGGCCCAGGUGGUUCAGUCCGACCACUGCUACUCCAUGCUGCAGGACGGAGACGCCCUGCAGAGCGUGAGAUCCGAGAAACCGGAUUCGGACGUGUUUAUCGAUCUCGAUGAUCUGGAAGAGACUAUUGCCCAGAAUUACUCUACUGAGCCUCCAUUUUCUCUCACCAUUGAGGAAACUGCUCAGUUCAAAAAACCCGAGCAGUUCCAGUUCAAGGAGAUUGUCUUGACAGAAGAGGAGAAAAGACUCCUUGCAAAGGAAGGAGUCACAAUACCAACUGAAAUGCCCCUGACAAAGGCCGAAGAGAGAACCCUCAAAAGGGUGAGAAGAAAGAUCCGGAAUAAGCAGUCUGCCCAGGAGAGCCGGAAGAAGAAGAAGGUCUAUGUGGACGGGCUGGAAAACAGGGUAGCUGUCUGUACAGCACACAAUCAGGAGCUCCAGAAGAAAGUGGAAUUUCUUCAGAAACAAAAUAUGUCUCUUAUUGAGCAGCUGAAGAAACUGCAGGCUCUUGUGAAAAUGUCUACGAUGAAAACCACCACCACGAGUACCUGUGUUAUGGUCUUCCUCUUGUCUUUCUGCUUGAUCAUCUUUCCGUCGGUCAAUCCGUUUGGCAACAGUGGACAGAAGGAACUGUACACUCCCUCAUCGGUUGUUUCCAGAACCCUGCGUUCCUACCCCAUCAUAGACAGUCCUCACGAGCUGCCUGACGAUGAGCCUCUCAUCGCAGCCACAGUGGAGAACACAAAAGCCCUGUUCUCCGGAGGCCAGAACCAUACGCCUGAUUACCAGCGCGUGGAACAGGCCGAAUCCGAAUCCGGCGUCAACAGCAACUCUUCCGCCGAUUUCCCCAGCUCUGCCCAGGCCGACCAGAAGCCCUCUGGAAACAUGCAGGAGGCUCGCAGGGAAAACGCGGCACCUCCGCCCAUAGUCUACGAGAUGACCAAAGUCAAAGAGGCCUGGAUGGAGCAAAAGCCCACCUCCAUUAUAAUACAGCAACACCACUCAGACGAAAUGUGAAGAAAGGGACAAUUUGUUUUUGUUUCUUUUUUUAAAGGUUGCUACUGUACAAUAUGACAUUCUUCUGAGUGAUGGGCCAGUCUUCCCUCUUCCUGCCUACCUCUCUCUCUCUCUCUCUCUCUCUCUCUCUUUCUCCAUGCUCCUAGAUGCCACUUCAUUUUUUUUUGUAGCACUUUGUUCAUAAAAGACUGUUUGCCCAGUCCCUCAGAUGUUAGCAAAUGCUUUUUUUUUGUUUUUUUUUGCCUAGACGGGUCUUAAGAGAUUCUCUGGGAUAAUUCAUAAAUGUCUGAAAUGCUUGACACACCGGACUGAGUAUAGAUGUAAAUGUAAGACUUAAGCCAUUGCAGGACAUUUGGCCAUUAGCUAUAGCUGAGAGAUUAUUAUUUUUUUUUUUUUCCCUUGUAGCAAGGGUUGUCCAUGCCUCCGUUAUCCCUUCAUUUCUUCUCUGCAGGGAUCUUUUUUACUCUUCUCUUUAGAUUAUCUCCAAAGAAGGGAAGAACAGAAAUGCUAAAUGUUUUCUUAAGAUUAAGCUAGUGUCUAACCUGCUUUCUCUCUCCCCCUUUUAACACUGGUCAUCAAGUCUAUAAUUGCUAAUAGCCUCUUAAUUCAAGCUUCAUCGCUGCUUAAAAUUUUAUAAAUAUCAUUUUUAAGAAGAAGCGAGAUGUUUUUUUUCAUGUUCCUGCUAUGGUAACGUAGUAUUCAAAUGUUCUUGGAAAAUGUAAUGACCUGGAAUAUCAGAGAGGCAUUUUGUAGUUAUUAUUGAUGUUUAUAUAAUUGUUGUUAUUGUGUGUUUUAUUUUUGUGGUAUAUGCAGUUAAAUGUAUUUGCAUAUUGGAGGAAAUUGUAUUGUUUCUUUUUUUUUU